ACCACCACCACUAGCACUAUAACUACCGGUUCGAGGACUCCUUCCAUUUCCACAAAGAUACCUAAAACAGAGGCUGCUAGAGGUGAUGACAAUGAUAUGGCAGCAGCCAUUGGUGCCUCAAUCGGUGUCAUUCUUAUUGUAAUCCUAGUUGUACUUACCAUCAUCUUUUUAUAUAGAAGGGGGACCUUCAGACAAUAUUUUCACAAAGAUCCAGUUGAUGAGAAGGACAUUGGUGGUGAGAUGAGGGGAAUUGACAACGAUGGCAAUGAUAGACACAACGAGGAGGCUGCCAUUGAUGAAGAUAUUUAUUCAAAUCAACCUGAAGCGGAACAGAAAGAACACCCUUCUAUUCAGAUUGCAGAAUUUGCGCAUUAUGUGAACGAAAUGAAACAGAAAGAUAAUUACGAAUUUCAUAAGGAAUACGAUGAUCUGCCUAAAAAUACCAAUACAUCCUGGGAAGUGUCCAGGAAACCGUUUAACAAGAAGAAGAACAGAUAUGGGAACAUUGUAACAUACGACCAUUGUCGCGUUGUUCUCUCUGGGGAUGAACACGAGGAUUACAUCAACGCAAGCUACAUAGACGGGAUCAAGGAAAAUUCAUACAUUGCAACUCAGGGGCCUACUCUUCAAACUGAGAAUGAUAUGUGGAGGAUGAUUUGGGAACAGAGGUGUUACUCCGUUGUUAUGGUAACAUCUCUUGUCGAGCUUGGGAAGCCCAAAUGUGAGAAAUAUUGGCCUGACGAUGGAAGUAAAAUGUAUGGCAAUAUUGAAGUAACCUUGAUGAAGACUGAAGAGUUUGCUUACCACGUGACGCACACUAUGCGGGUUACAAAGGAUGGAGAGGAAAGAGAAGUGCGCCAUUAUUACUUUCAAUCAUGGCCGGAUCAUGGUGUACCCAAAUAUCCCACUCAGCUCCUGGAUUUCAGGAGACAUUAUCGAACUCAUCAUCUGCAACAGUCUGGACCUAUUGUUGUUCACUGCAGCGCUGGUGUUGGCCGAACUGGUGUUUUUCUUGCUAUUGAUACGAUUCUUGACAAACUUGAGAAAGGUGUCACAAAUUCCGUGGAUGUGUUUGGACAAGUCAGCGCAAUGAGAGAAAGAAGGAUGAACAUGGUCCAGACUUUGGAACAGUAUGUUUUCAUCCACGAAGCUAUUUUGGAGACCAUCGUCUGUGGUAACAAUGGAGUAGAUUCGAACAAAAUCAUGGAUGAAACAAAGAAUCUUUCAAAAGUCAUGGCCGGCGGGAUGACAGGUUUCCAGGCUAAAUUCAAGAUACUGGGUGAGGUAUCUCCAAAGAUAUCGGACGAUGAAUGCUCUGCAGGACUGUCAGAAGAAAAUUACAACAAGAAUCGUAACAAGAAUGUCUACCCAGCGGAGAGCAACAGAGUUCCUCUUCCGUAUCUCGAUGGAGUGGAUAAUUCCGACUACAUCAACGCUGUGUUUGUUCACGGUUAUUUGGGUAGGAACUACUUCAUCGCUACACAAAGCCCGCUGCCUGCCACAAUCAACGACUUUUGGCGGCUGAUUCAUACGCAGAAAUCCUCUACCAUUGUGUUGUUAAACAACAUCAAAGAUGGAACGUCAUUUCCGAGAUUUUGGCCGUCAGAAAGGGGGAAACCAACUUUGUAUGGCAGCUUGACUGUUCAGUUGGACUCAGAGAAAGAUUCAGAUGGAAUUUGGACAAGGAAAUUCAUCUUAGCGUCUUAUCCAGAUUUGUCAGAUGGACGGGUCGUCAAUAUCUUCCAGUACACGAAGUGGCCAGACCAUCGUGUUCCUCAAAACGGACGUGGAGUUAUUAGUUUGACGUCAUUGGUCGAGAAAUCACGACAGAGCCACGGUGGAGGACCGGUUAUUGUUGCAUGCAGCGAUGGAGCGGGUCGUACGGGAACGUUUAUUGCCAUUUCAAACCUGCUCGAAAGAAUGAAAAUUGAACAAUCGAUGGACGUCUUUCAGGCGAUUAAAAUCAUCAGAGGAACACGACCACAGUUUGUCGAAAAUGCUGAGCAAUAUCAGUUUUGCUACACAGCCUUAAUGGCAUACUUGGAUGACUUUGGUGAAUACUCAAAUUUUGAGUAACAAAUGCGUUAGUCGGUAGAAACGAAAUUUAAAACGUUUAAGGGUAGAGAAUAGCUUAGUUUUCAUACGCUCAAAGCGGAAAACGGUAGUGUUGUUGAAUUUGUUUAUACUUUUUAUACAUUUGUUGAUGAUUUGUUGCGAUGGUAGAUAGCGCAAGUUGGAAACCU